GGCUUUUGCUCUUAUACCGAAGGAUCUUUCGACCUGAAAGCUGGCAGCAACAUAGGAAACAGGAUCCAGAGCAUCACUGAGCGAACGGCUGUCAUAGAGGGCAAAAACAAGACUGCUAGCACUCUCAUUGUAGCUGAAGCCAAAUCUUCUGGAAUCUACAGCUGCAUGGCAUCCAAUAAAGUGGGAAAAUCCGAAAGAAACAUCAGCUUUAUUGUAACAGACGUACCGAGUGGAUUCCAUAUUAGUUUGGAAAGAAUGCCCAUUGAAGGAGAGAAUCUGGUAUUGUCCUGUUCGGCCAACAAAUUCCUGUACAAAGACAUUGCUUGGAUUUUACCGAGGACGGUCAACAAUCAAACGAAAGCAAAAAGGUCCCUCAACAAGGAGUACUCCAUCACCCUCACUCUGACCAUCAAGAACGUUUCCCUGGCACACUCGGGCACCUAUGCCUGCCGAGCAAGGAACAUAUACACGGGGAAAGAAGUGCUUCAAAAGAAAGACGUUACAAUCAGAGCUCAAGAGGCACCAGCCCUGCUGCGGCAGCUGAUGGAUCAGACGGUGAACACCAGCAACUCUGCCAUGUUGGAGUGCCAGGUUCGUGGCAUCCCCGAGCCCCAGAUAUCCUGGUUUAAAAACCAUGAAGAAAUACAACAAGAAUCAGGAAUAAUUUUAGGGCCCGGAAGCCGAAUGCUGUUUAUUGAAAGAGUAAGAGAGGAGGAUGAAGGACUUUACCAGUGUAUAGCCACCAACUUAAAGGGGUCCGUGGAGAGUGCGGCGUAUGUCACAGUACAAGGCACAUCGGAGAGGUCAAACCUGGAGCUGAUAACCCUGACCUGUACCUGCGUGGCUGCGACCCUCUUCUGGCUCCUGCUGACCCUCUUCAUUCGCAAGCUGAAGAGGCCUUAUUCCUCCGAAAUGAAGACUAACCAUUAUUUGUCAAUCAUAAUGGAUCCUGACGAAGUCCCCUUAGAUGAGCAAUGUGAACGACUGCCUUAUGACGCCAGCAAGUGGGAAAUUGCAAGGGAAAGGCUGAAACUAGGAAAGUCUCUCGGACAUGGAGCUUUUGGAAAGGUGGUACAAGCAUCUGCUUUUGGAAUUAAGAAAUCACCAACAUGCAGAAUAGUCGCUGUGAAAAUGCUGAAAGAAGGGGCCACAGCAAGCGAGUACAAAGCACUGAUGACUGAGCUGAAAAUCCUGAUCCACAUUGGUCAUCAUCUCAAUAUCGUGAAUUUGUUGGGAGCUUGCACGAAAAAUGGAGGGCCUCUGAUGGUGAUUGUUGAAUACUGCAAGUAUGGGAAUUUAUCAAACUACCUGAAGAGCAAGAGGAAUUUUUUCUGCCCUAACAAGGAUUCCUCUCCGCAAGGAGAGCCGAUGAAAGAGAAAAAGGAUAUUGAGCCGGUGGAAGGCAAAAAACAAAGGCUGGCCAGUGUCACCAGCAGCGAGAGCUUCGCAAGCUCUGGGUUCCAGGAAGAUAAAAGUCUGAGUGAUGUGGAGGAGGACGAGGAGGAUGCUGAUGAGCUCUACAAGUUGCCCCUCACUAUGGAGGACCUGAUCUCCUACAGCUUUCAGGUGGCCAGAGGCAUGGAGUUCCUCUCCUCCAGAAAGUGCAUUCAUCGUGACCUGGCAGCCAGAAACAUCCUUUUAUCUGAGAACAAUGUCGUGAAGAUCUGCGACUUUGGCCUUGCAAGAGAUAUUUAUAAGAAUCCUGAUUAUGUGAGAAAAGGAGAUGCUCGACUUCCUCUCAAGUGGAUGGCUCCAGAAUCCAUAUUUGAUAAAAUCUACAACACAAAAAGCGACGUGUGGUCCUACGGGGUCUUGCUGUGGGAGAUAUUUUCCUUGGGUGCUUCUCCUUACCCCGGAGUCCAAAUAGACGAGGAUUUCUGCAGCAGACUAAAGGAAGGUACAAGAAUGCGAGCCCCGGAGCAAGCGACCGAGGAGAUCUACCAAAUCAUGCUGGACUGCUGGCGAAGCAACCCCAACGACAGACCGAGGUUCUCCGAGCUGGUGAAAAAGCUGGGCGACCUUCUGCAAGCAAACGUCCAGCAGGAAGGCAAAGACUACAUUCCCCUCAAUGCGAUAUUUACAACGGAAAGUGGUUUUUCCCCCGUGCCCGAUCCUUUGCGCAAUGAAAAUGUCCCUGUUACGAGCUCAAGUUGUGGAAGCACUGAAAGCGUCCGAUACAUCAACACUUUCAAGAUAAAACCACCCCAGCGCAUAAAGACAUUUGAAGAGCUUCCCAUCAAGGAAACGCUUGUAUUUAAUGACUACCAAGCAGACAGUGGGAUGGUGCUGGCUCCAGAAGAGCUGAAACGCUUCACGUGGACAGGCAGCAAGCAGAAACGGACGCUCUUUGGCGUGAAAGGUGCCAGCAGGAGCAAGGAGUCGGUGCUUUCUGGAAUAACCAAGCCAAGAAGCUUCUGCAGUUUCAGCUGUGACCAGCUCAGUGAUUCCCAGCGACGAUACACCUACGGUAACGCCGUCCUGCAGAAAAUGAGAGCCUGCCGGUCUCCCCCUCCUGACUACAACUCCGUCAUCCUUUAUUCUCAGCCACCCGUGUAAGUCCUUCUAGGCCAAGAUUUA